AUGACUAAGCACCUCAACUUCAUCGCAAACUUGACGCUGAAAAGCGAAUCUCAAGCUACGAAUCUCGAUCUUUGGCAGAAGAAUUCACCCGGUUCAAGCGACAGAAGCAGGAUGGGCCUCACUCGAUCAUCUCGCCCCAAUCGAUCGGGCCCAGUCGACCACGAUGUCUUCGAGGGGCUGCCUGUCCGCCGCUGGGCUCGCCAGCUCGCUACAGUCUCCCAGGAACCCAAGCCCACAGAAGAAGAGACAAACGUAGUAGACUCCCAGAGUCUGCCGGAACUGCCAAUGCCUAGGGAUAGCAACCUCUUGACUCCUGUCAGUCGGGCGCUUCUUCGCGCUGCCAGAUCCGGAUGCACGUACAUACGACCUAUCCGCAAGGACCCCGAGCCCGAAGAAAUUGACCAGAAGGAGGAUGACGAUGCCGUUAUAGAGCCGCCGGUUGACGAGCGAACCUUUGCAGCCGUGAAGUGGACCGCCAUACCCAGAACAGUUGAGCUUCCGGAGAUAGAAUUCUUAGCUCCCAGGAGAGCUGGGCUGCCGUCCUUGUACGGAGCUGGAGCUCAACCAAACGGUGCCUCGGCCGCCAGCUCAUCGAUCCCAAUGCGCAAGACAAAGUUCAGAAAGAUAGAUCCUACAACUGGCGUUAUAUCAAUAUAUGAAGCUUGGGUGCCAGAAGGGUACGAGGUCGAAGGAGAGAUUGCCCAAGAAGCCCAAGUCAUAGCUGAAAACCCGGAUGCAAAGGUCGUCAACGUUGAGCCGGCUCCCGGAACUGUUGUUGCGGAUAUUGGAAUGGUGAACCAGGAUGGCGUCGUUGUUGCUACUACUGAGGGAAGUGCGGUUGUACCCAAGCCGAACAGGGGAAAGCGGAAAUUAAAAGCCGGUAAAGCAAAGAGCAGGAAGAAGGUCAUGUUUGCUUCAACAAAUGGAGCUGAGCAGCCUGUGGCCCCGGGUUCUAAGGGAACUGGGGCUGCUGCUCAGCCCGCUGUUUCAGAAAAUGGUGCUACACCUUCUGGAACGGCAUCUGUGGCAGAAGACGAAGGAGAUGAAGACGAGGAAGAAGGCGAUGAGAGCGACGAAGACGAUACCGCAACCGAUUCCAAACCAACUCCAACGGCCGAUGGCCCCAUUGAUGGGGAUAAUACGACCCCGUCGGUUGAUAUCACAUCAGAACCACAGGAUACACCGCAACAACCACCUUCUACUGGGAAGGACUCCAUAGAACCAGAACCUCCUCGAACCAUCUCAAAAUCCCCAGAACUGCCGAUCAUCACAACCUCUACCUCCGAACGGCCUUCAAAAUCACCCACUGAAGAACCAAAGGAGACCACUAGCUCUACCGAACCUUCAAAUCAAGUUGCGCCACCCAGUGAACCGCAGCAGGCGGACGCAGAGGCCGCUGGACAGCCUAAAAUUAGUCCUCCCCCAGCUUCGGCGGCGGAAGAUGCAAAGCCUGCAUUACCUGUAGCACCUCUCCCAGAAAGCCUUGGUAUCAAGAUGGACACAGCUGAGAAUGAAGCACAUCAACCUACCCCUGAAAAGGCUGUUAGCCCUCCAACACUGGCCAAGGAAGAGCAAGUUUCACCACCGACUAUCCGGCCGAGCACCACGGAGGUAGAAUCCAAACCCCAGACUCCUCCUGAUGCACACACAUCAAAUCCACUUCCCGAGAGGGUACCCUCAUCUACUGCCCCUACGGACCCCAGCGAACCUACAGCCGAGGAACCUGCAGCUCCCAGCUCUCUCCCUCCGCCCGAAACAACCGCAGAGAGCAAACCAGAGGCUACAUCCACUGGACCUGUCCGUUUUGAAGACGGUGAAGUCGACCUGCUAGGAAGCCUGGAGGCAAGCCUGGGUAAGAACCCGGACCCUACGGCGCAAGAUAAGCCAGAUGAUACAUCAGCAACGGCAACUGCCUCAGAACAAAAGAUAAACGAUAAUGAUACCCAGGCCGAAGCACCCCCUGCUAAAGAUGAAGAAAGCAAGGAAGGGGAUAAGGACAGGGACAGGGACGUUGAAAUGACUGGUUAA